AUGGCUGGAAGGAAUGAUGUUGCGAUUGCUAUUGCCUUUGAAGCGAUGGCUAAGGCUAUGCUGAAUCAGCCUAACGCUAGUGCGAAUGAUGAAUCAUGCAGCUUGGCAACCUUCCAGAGGGAGAAUCCUUCUACCUUCAAGGGUAAUUAUGAUUACGAUGGGGAACUAGCAUGGUUCAAGGAGAUGAGAAAGGAUUUUCUGAGUGGUGGACUGCUCUAUAGAUGCAGAAUUUAUGAGGAGGACAGAUAUGCUCACUAUAAGAUCAUAAAUGAGAAUAGAGGUAAACACCAACAUAACCGUGGGAAGCCUUAUGAUACUCCAGCUGGUAAGGGCAAGCAAAAAGUUGCUGAGGGUAAGAGGACUAGUGGGGGAGAUACCCCUGCUGGUAUUGUAUGUUUCAAAUGUGGGAAGCCAGGUCAUAAAAGUAAUGCAUGUACAGGAGAUGUAAAGAGGUGUUUGCGUUGUGGUAAAACCGGGCAUGAAAUAGCUGAUUGUAAGCACAAAGAGCCUAAGAAAGCACAAUCUGGUGGGAAGGUGUUUGCGUUAGCAGGAACUCAGACAUUCAGUGAAGACAGACUAAUCAAAGGUACAUGUUUCAUUAAUAUUACUCCCUUAAUUACUAUUAUUGGUACUAGUGCUACGCAUUGUUUUAUUGUUGUUGAUUGUGUGAAAAAGUUGGGUCUUGUGUUGUCUUCUAUGAAUGGAGAUAUGGUCAUCCAUAUUCCAGCUAAGGGGUCAGUGACUACUUAUCUAGUGUGUUGGAAGUGUCCUUUAUCUAUCUUUGGCAGAGACUUUGUUGUUGAUUUGGUUUGUCUGUCGUUGAGUGGAUUGGAUUUGAUCUUGGGUAUGAAAUGGUUGGCAUAUAACUAUGUUAUAUUAAUGGUUAAAUAUGUGCGGUAUUAUACUCAUGUAGAAGAGGUGGAAAUAGGUUUAUUAUCUGCUAGACAAUUGCAGGAAUUGGUGCAAGAUGAAGCGCAUGUAUUUUCGUUGAUGGCGUCGUUAUCUAUUGAGAAUCAGGCUACAAUUGAUGAAUUACAAGCGGUACAUGAAUUUCCUGAAGUUUUUCCCGAUGAGACUCCCGAUGUACCGCCAGAAAGAGAAGUUGAAUUAUCUGAUCUUGUCCCUGGUACUAGACCUAUUUCCAUGGCACCAUACAGGAUGUUAGCAUCUGAGUUGGGAGAGUUGAAGAAGUAA